AUGAGAAGAGAGCUUACGUACGCCCUUGCAGCUUUUACAGCAACGACUGUGGCCUUGAGCACGGAGGUCAGGACCUUGUCGACCAAGACGGCUGACUGCUCUUUCACGUCCUCUUACGACAAUCUUCCAACAUUAACAACAAGCCAGAUUGGAACCUCUUCUGUCAACGGGCAAUCAAACACUAUGGGAGUCACAAUCUCAGCUUCUGACAACAUUGCAACAGUACCGGGGAUAACAUGGGUGCCGACUUCAGAUUCGGCAAUUCUAUUGGCAAGCCAAGGUCUUGCUUCAGAAGCUACUCAGACUGCUCGUGCUUCAUCAACUACAAAAAUCUCGUCUUCCGGAACUACAGUCGUACAGGUUCCUACAUCUGCCUCUGAGAAGUUCAUGCCUGUUUCCUGGCUGUCUGGAAUGUUGGCUGCCCUGGCUCUGAUCAUGUAG